AUGGGCGAGAAGCGGAAGCGUGGAGCCAAGCCGACGGGCAGCUUCGUGGCGACGGAUGCCACAGCGCCGCCGUCGACCUACCGCGUGACGCUCGCGUACGACGGCAAGGCCUUCAAUGGCUACCAGGCGCAGGAGAAGACGCCGCCCGUGCGCACGGUGCAGGCGACGCUCGAGGACGCGAUCAAGCGCACGACGGGCGAGGUCCUCCGCGUGCGCGGCGCGUCGCGCACCGACAGGGGCGUCCACGCGCGCGGCCAAGAGGCCGCCUUUGAGAGCACGGUGGUCGACGCCAGCGGCCUUCUGCGCGCAAUCAACAACCGCCUGCCCGACGAUGUGGCCGUCACGCGCCUUGUCAAGGUCGCCGACGGCUUUGACCCGCGCAAGGCGUCCACACUUAAGUGCUACUCGUACCGCAUCUUCACGGGCGAGAUCCGGCAAGUGCUAGGGCGCGACCAAGCGUGGCAGGUGUGCAAGCCGCUGGACGUGGCCUUGAUGCGCGAGGCGGCCGCGAUCCUCGAGAGCUCGACGCCGCGGGACUGCAGUGCGUUCACGCCGACGCGCCGCCUCGAAGAGGACAUGAGCACGCUCUGCGCGGUCCGCCGCAUCGAGAUGACAACGAUCGAGGACGAGCUCACGAUCACGUUCCAAGGCGACCGGUUCCUCUAUCGCAUGGUGCGCAACAUGGUCGGCCUCCUCGUGCACGUGGGUCUCCACAAGAAGACGCUCGACGAUGUCAAGGCGAUGGUCGACGCCAACGAGCGCAUCGAGUCGCCCGGCGCGCCGGCGCAUGGUCUCACGCUCGAGUGGAUGCGCUUCGAGUAG